GUGCUGCCCGUUAGCCGUGUGCUGCAGGCGGCCGUUAGCUUCCCUCCGAGCAGCGCAGACACGGAGCUCCGCUCAUAAAGCGACCCUGCUGACUCACGGUGAUGCUGCUCAUCUGGCCUCGAACGACGCGGUUUAUUUCACAGCUCGGCGGGUUUUUUUACGGGUUCCAUAUCGCUGCUCUUGGCUAGCCAGCUCUCUGUUAGCGGGUUAGCUUAGCCUAGCCUAGCCUCUGCGGUGCAGCGGUUAGCUUGGUUAGCUUAGCCUCAGAGGCGUUAGCGUGCAGGCUGACGUCAGCUGGUCCCCGUCCGGACCAUGGGCCGAGGAGCCGGGCCCACGAAGAGCGGCCGGCCCCUGGGGCCCCCAGGUGAGGACGGACCUCCAUUCGACAUGGGCCCGCCGGGCUGGGGCCCUCCGCCUCCCGGUGGCUGGGGUCCGCCGCCCCCUGGUGGCUGGGGGCCUCCACCGCCAGACGACUGGGGGCCGCCGCCUCCCGGAGGCUGGGGGCCGCCGCCUCCCGGAGGCUGGGGGCCGCUACCCCCAGAUGACUGGAGACUUCCACCCCCCGGAGGAUGGGGACCAAGAGGGCCCCCGCCGCCGGGAUGGGGACCAAGAGAUCGCCCGCCAGGUUGGGAACUUUAUCCGGACGGCUGGAGGCUGCACCCCGGGGACUGGGAUCAUCGUACCGACGGCUGGAGACCCCAUCCGCACGACUGGAGGCCCGGGGAUCCCCUGCCUCCUCCGGGCUGGGGGCCUCAUCCGGACGACUGGAGACCCGGGGAUCCCCCGCCGCAUCCGGGCUGGGGACAACCGGGCUGGGGGCCGGACGGCCCGGACCCGUGGGGCCCUGACCCUCCAGGACCUCCGGCGCUGCCUCCGCCUCCUCCGGUCGCGUAUCCGCCCCCAGAAACCGCAGCCUACGGGCCGAUGCCCAUGCCGGUGCCCCCUCCGGCCUGCGUCCCCCCGCCGGGUUACCCUGCCUACCCACCGCCCGUGGACCCUAACGGAUACCCGAGCCACCCCCCACCCGGCUGGACAGGAGAGGCCGCCCCGUACGUGGAGGAGGUGAUGGUGAACCCCCCACCAGAGCAGCCUGAGUGGAUCAAAGCGUUGAUUUCAGCUCCAGAGAAAGAGGCGACGGCUGCAGCAGCUUCAGCUGAACCUGCGGCUACAAAAACACCAGAGCCACCCGCCGCCGCCGCCGCCAAACCCCCGGCCGCCGCCACCACCACCACCGAGCCGCCCAAACCAGCCCAAACCCCUAAAAGCAGUAAGACCGCCAAGCCGCUCGGCCUGCUGGGAAAACGGACCUUUGAUAAGCCUCCUCCCGGCAGAUCCACCGGCAUCAUCUCCUUCAUCGGGCCGUCCUUCGGCUACAUCGAGAGAGAAGACCUCACCAAGUUCAGCUUCAGCUUCGACGCCUUCUUCGGGAACCCCAAGGCCAUGACGCCCGGGGUCAGAGUUCACUUCACCGCCUGCAAGGAGAAGAACAAGCAGAUCGCGACGGACGUCAAAGUGGCUCCAGGCGGGACGGAGAACGUGGACCCUGAGAUCUACGAGGCCGUGGUGACCCAGCCCAUCGUGGCGCCGCAGCCUGGCGAGCGGCAGUACCCCGGGCAGGUGCACGUCACCAUCGGGCAGCUGAUGACCAACCUGACGUACGACAGGAAGGACUGCAGCGUGACGCUCCUGAUGAACGACCAGGUGCUCGUCAACCUGCUGACCGACAUCGUCACCGAGAAGAGACGCGCCACCAACAUCAAACCCAAGAUCCCUGCCACCUUCAGCCACACCAAGGAGAGGCGGCAGACGGGAGUCAUCGUGAGUCUGACGGACAGUGAAGGCAUCAUCAGGUCAGACGAGCACGGCGAGCUUCCCUUCGACGUGAGGGAGAACCUGAGCGACAUCGACUUCACCUCCGAGGACGCCAACGAGGACGUGGAGUUCACCAUCUUCACGGUCAAAGGGGAGAAGAAGGCGAUUCGGAUCCGCCGGACGAAGGAGCCGCUCCUCCUGACGCUCUGCACCAACCCCGGCUCCCCCGACCAGCUCGGCGCCCCCAAGGCCCCGCCCACCAUCCCCAAAAUCGACCUGGGCCCCAACAUCCGCCUGGACCCCGAGCUGUACGAGGGCAUCGUCAGCCAGCCCAUCAUCGAGCCCACGGCCUCCAUGCAGGGCUACCCGGGUCAGAUCCACGCCAACAUCGGCCCCAUCAAGACCAACGUGACCUUUGACCACCGUGACUGCGGCGUCACGCUGCUGAAGAACGACCACGUCCUCAUCAACCUGCUGGUCGACAUGGUAACCAACAAGCGCCGAGCCGCCAACAUCAAGCCCAAGAUCCCCUUCACCUUCAACUACACCAAGGAGACGAGGGAGAAGGGUGUGGUCAGCAGCCUCGGGGCGAGGGAAGGCCUCAUCACCUCGAUGCAGCACAGCGAGCUUCCCUUCGACUUCACAGAGAACUUCAGCGACACCGAGUUCAACGCCAAUGACGUCGACAAGGAGGUGGAGUUCACUGUCGCCCUGGUGAAAGGGAAGAAGAAAGCGAUCAGACUGAGGAGGUUGGCGGCAGUGGCGGCGGCGGCGGCGGCGGCGGAGGACGUGGUCCUGCAGGAACAGAAGAAGAGAGAGGAGGAGGAGAAGAGGAAGGAGGAGGAGGAGAAGAAGAAACAGGAGCAGGAGGCCAGGAUGAAACAGGAUGAGGAAGAGGACAGGCAGAAGGAAGCAGAGAAGAAGAAGAAGGAGGAGGUGGCGGCGGCGCUUGCAGCCGCCAGAGACAAGUGGACGCCGCUCGGCUUUAAGAUCAGCGACCCCGAGACGCCGAACGACAUCAGCAAGGAGCGGUUUGACGGCACCGUGCUGAAAGCCAUCUCCAAGUUCCCUCUGAAGGAGGUGAAGAAGGAGCGGGAGGAGGAGGUGAAGGUGCAGGAGGAGGAGGAGGGGAGGGCAGGAGGACAACAGGAUGGAGAGGGAGCAGCAGAGAAGAAGGUGGAGGUGGAGCCCGAGAAGGAGGAGGUUCCACUUGGAUUCGGAGCCAAGCUGAACAAAGACACGGGCCGUCUGGUGAUGACUGUUGCCGGGCAACAGAAACAGCUUCCGUUCGGUCCGGGUGACCUCCUGACCACCGCCACCAUGAUGGACGGAGACAAGGUACGGUUCAACAUCGCCACGAACCGGGAGACUAAAGAGGAGCGAGCGACCUACGUGGAAAUCCUUCAUGACUCGUUUGAGGAGUCGACCGAGCAGCGCAGACAUGGCAUCGUGAUCGAGUUCUCGAACGACUCGGGGCUCAUUAAAUGCACCCAGAACCCGCAGCUGUUCUUCCGCAUGUCCGAGGUGAUGGAGAAGAAGAAACUGGAGCUGAACGAGAAGGUGGAGUUCAGCGUCGUCCCGCAUGAAACAGCAGAAGGAGGGCACCAGGCCAUCAGGAUAAAGCGUUACACCGAGAGCGUUUUCCUGCCCGUCCGUAAACUGGCGGCAGUUGGAGCAAGUAAAGGAAAGAUGACCAUCAAGCUGACAAAGGAAACGAAGGGUUCAGAGGACAGCAAGGACAGACCAGAGACAGACAAGCUGAAGGCGGUGGUAAAAAAUCUGAGAGCACAGGACAGCAAGGGCAGCACAGGCCGAAGGGGCGGCAGCCCAGGUCGACGUAGAUAUGGCCACAGCAGGAGCAGGAGCAGAAGUCGGAGCAGGAGCAAGAGCAGGAGCAGGUCUAGCAGCAGGAGCAGGAGUCUGGCCAGGGACCAGUUUGGCCGCUACAUGAGAAGGAAACGCAGCUCCAGCCACGACCGUGAUCAUAAGAGCAGCAGACACAGGCGUAGCAGAAGCAGAGACAGGUCGCACAAGCGCAGUCACAGCCGGAGUCGCAGCCGGAGCCGGAGCAGGAGUCGGAGCAGGAGCAGGAGCAGGAGCCGAAGCCGAAGCCGAAGCAGGAGUUCCAGCAGGAGCAGGGACAAAGGCAAGGACCGAUCCAGCAGAAAGAGGAAACAGAGUAGCAGGGAGCGGGAAACAAGGCACAAGAGGAGCAGAGAGUCCAGCCCUCCUCCCAGGCGUGGAGGAGUUGUGGACGAUGAGCUGGCAAGGAAGAAGAGGGAGCUAGAGGAGUUGAACGAGAUGAUCGCCUACAAAAAGUCUCUGGUGGACCUGGACCCCCGAGGACUGGACCCUGGCCAGAGGACGUGCAUUGACUACGACCAUGGCCGGAUCGCCAUCCCUCUCACCGAGUACAAACCUGUCCGCUCCAUUCUGAAGAAACGACCAGACAGUUGUGACUAUCAUUACCGCCCUCCUUCUCUCGACCACCUGAAACCUUAUGAUGACCCAGAGAGAUCCUAUUAUGACAGGCCGUAUGACAGUCCUUACCACGAUCGGCUGUAUGCUGACCGCUACGGCGACCACCCCUAUGUGGAUCGUCCCUAUGGUGACCGUGCCUAUGGGGACCGACCUUAUGAUGAUCGCAUUUACGGUGAUCGUCCGUAUGGUAGCCAUCCUUACACCAGCCGUCCUUACACCGAUCGUUAUGAUGUCUAUGAUGAGCCUUAUGAUGACAAGUACUAUGACCAGCCGUACGCUGACCGGUCUUAUGACCGUCCAUACGACCCGCCUCCCAAACACAGUCGGUCUCCAGAACCCCGCAGUGCUUCCCCUCCUGCUCAGUCUAGCCAAGCUUCUUCCUCCACCACACAACAGCCUCCCCCAACUCAAAGUGCCUCGACCACCUCCCUCCCUGCUGCUUCUACCUCCCAGCAGCAGUCUGCAUUUAGCCAACCACCUUUCAGACCUCCUUCUCCCAAAGAACCUCCUCCCAGAAGCCCCUCACCCAAACCAGGCAACCCUCCUCUGCAACCUCUUCCACACCAGUCUCCUCCAAGCCAAAAACCUCUUGACCGUUUCCUUGAUAUCCUUAACAAAAGGGUGGAUCCUGAUGUGUCAUCACCAGUAACAAAUGUUCCUGACACUGAUGACCUUCUGCCUCACGAGCGAGCCAUCCAAGACGGCAGAGGAUUCUCACGGAUCGUGGGAUUGGCUCCCGAGCAGCCCAGCAGUAGCCUGCCCCUUGAGGAGGAAAAGAGGACAUCAAGUCCCAAAAGGUCCUCAAUGGAGAGAACAAGCGAGGAAACCAAGACAGAACCCUAUGACAAGAUACAGAGUCUUCUUCGAACCAUAGGCUUGAAAUUAGCAACGGGCGAUGUGUCUAAACUGGCCAGCAGAGCCCAGGAGAAACUCUACACCAUGAAAGAGAAGUCUUCAUCAGUAGAGAGAGAGACUUGCAGUUUGUCCUCUCAAGGGGAAGAGCGGCGAGGGAGUCGAACUGGCUCAGCUGAACUAGAACAUUCCCACUCCCCCUCCCCAGCCAGGUCCUCUAGUUUGGAGCCACAUAGCCGACAUAAAGGUAUCACAGAGUAUGAAGGGUUCCUGGACCAACUUGAGAUGGAGGCGUUGAAGAAGGCAAAACAGAUGCAGAGUCUUACCAAGAUAGGGACUGCACCUGAGCAUUCACCUUCUGCCAGUUCCUCUCCCAAACCCCCUUCCACUCCUCCCUCCUCCCAGUACCAGCAGCUGCUGCCAGGCUCCUCCCACGCAGCGGCAUCCUACGCCUGGCCUCCUGCAGUUUCUUCUCAGUAUCCCCCAGCACAGAGCACAGCAGGUGCCCCGUUGCCUCCUAAUGCAAAUGCACCACCGCAGAGGUAUGGUCCUCCUCCAGGACCUCCUCCUGGACCUCCUCCACGGCGUCCACUUGGAUUCCCUCCUUUUGUCCCACCCGCCAGUCAGCCAACUAGCACAGCCUUUCCAUUUUUAGACAAACCCCCAGUCGUUCAGCCCCCUGACUCAUCCAGCCCUUUGCAAACGUUAGCCAGCUCCCCACCUGUGCCGACAUCAACACCUGUGAUUCUGACAACCACAUCUUCUACCUGUGAGAACCCCCAACACUCAGCCAUCUCUACAACAGUGGCUAGAUGCCUGAAGGUGAUAGAGACGGUGAAAUCUCUGGCUGGACAGACUCCAGUCAAACCAGUCAAAUCAGUCCAGUUUAAUUUGCCCACAGAGUCUCCGUCAGCCUCCAGUGUCCAAACCUCAGGAGAUACAGAUAAUGAUGUCAAGGCCAAGCAGAAGGAGAAGCUGGAUCAAUAUAACCAGCGAAUUUUGGAGAAAAGAGAGCAGCAGAUGAAGGAGAUGAAGGAGAUGUAUGCGCGCAAGAAACAAGGGGACUCCGCUCUGACUGCACCAGGAAAACUGAUCAGCAGCGAGCCGAAGAAUGUUUGGAUCUGCGGUCACUCCCUGGUGUACUGGGCGGAGUCCAGGGCCAAGUCUCCAGAGGUAGGUAUGCAGCUGGGCAUGGAUCCCAGCAGGGUGGUCAUCUGGUGGAAGGGCACCCAGGGCAUGACGUGGCCUCAGCUGCUGCCCCAGCUCCACCAGCUGAAGGUCACAUGGCCCAACCCGGACGUCCUCAUCAUGCACCUGGGCGGCAAUGACCUGAGCACCGACAGCCCCACCGACCUGCUGGCCUCCGUAAAGAAAGACCUGACUUCCAUGAGGAGCAUUUUCCCUCAGUGCCUCCUGGUGUGGUCCAACAUCCUGCCCCGGAGGGUGUGGCGCCACUCGGCCGACACCCACGAGGUGGACCUGGUGAGGACCACGGUGAACCGCAGGAUCCACAACAUCAUCUCCGAGCUUGGCGGCACCGCCCUGGCCCACGACAACAUUCGGUGUGGCUCCCACACGGGGCUGUACCGGCAGGACGGUGUCCACCUGUCCCCCACGGGCAUCGACACCUUCAAUCUGAACCUGCAGGACUUUCUGGAGAAGUGGGAGAUGGAGCUGAACAAAGCCUCUGAGAAGAGCUGAGAGGUGUCUUAACGUGAUUUAGAUGUUCCUUGUUUUAUUUUACAUUUUGUUUUCUUUCUCUUUUUAUUUCUUGUGAUAUCCAGGCAGUUGCAUUGGUAGGAAACGCUGCAGUUGCUUUAUUUCCAACAACAAAAUGCCACGUAGAGAACACUUGGCUACGACAUUGAAUUGAUGUGUUUGACCUUCAGCUGUAACACAUAUGAAACAUGUUUCAAAGGGAACAAUAAAGUAGAUAUGAAAUAUUUUG